AUGUCCAGAAUCCUCGCUCGUUCUUACUCGACCGCCUCCAAGACCAUUCGUCUCGGUCUGAUCCCCGGUGAUGGUAUCGGCCACGAGGUUAUCCCCGCCGCCCGCCGCGUUCUUGAGGCCCUCCCUGCUUCCUCCUCCACCCCCUCCUUCACCUUCGUUAACCUCGACGCCGGAUACGACCACUUCAAGAAGACUGGAACCGCUCUUCCCGAUGAGACUGUCCACCGUCUUAAGACCGAGUGUGACGGUGCUAUCUUCGGGGCUGUCUCCUCCCCCUCCACCAAGGUCGCUGGAUACUCCUCCCCCAUCGUCGGAUUGAGGAAGAAGAUGGAUUUGUACGCCAAUGUUCGUCCUGUCAAGACUGUCAAGGGUGCUGAGCGUGAUGUCGACCUCGUCAUUGUUAGGGAGAACACUGAGUGUUUGUACGUCAAGGAGGAGCGUUUGACCACCGACUCCACCACCGGCCUGAAGAUCGCCGAAGCCACCCGCCGUAUUACGGAGCGUGCCUCCCAGCGUAUCGGCCGCAUGGCCUUCGAGAUCGCUCUUCAGCGUCAAGCCGUCCGCGACGCCGCUCCCGGCUCCUCCAUCCACAAGUCCCCCCUCGUCACCGUCACCCACAAAUCCAACGUCCUCUCCACCACCGACGGUCUCUUCCGCGAGUCCGUCCGUGCCGUGAAGGAGUCCCUCGCCGGUUUCGAAAAGUACAACUCUGUCGCCAUGGAUGAGCAGAUUGUCGACUCCAUGGUCUACCGUCUCUUCCGUGAGCCUCAGUGUUUCGAUGUCGUUGUCGCUCCCAACUUGUACGGUGACAUUCUUUCUGACGGUGCUGCUGCCCUCGUCGGUUCCUUGGGUCUCGUUCCCUCCGCCAACGUCGGUGACGAGUUCGUCAUGGCUGAGCCCGUCCACGGAUCUGCCCCCGAUAUCGUCGGUAAGGGAAUUGCCAACCCUGUUGCCAGUGUGAGGUCUGUUGCGUUGAUGUUGGAGAUGAUGGGUCACAAGGAGGUUGCUGGACGUAUCUACAAGGCUGUUGACGGUGUUUUGGAGGAGGGUAAGAUCUUGACUCCUGAUCUUGGUGGUAAGAGCGGAACCGAUGAUGUUACCAAGGCGAUUAUCGAGAGGCUUUGA